UUCGGAUAAUAAUUAAAAGCCAAACAUUUUGUUCUACACUGGAUACGUUUGGGACUACCAGAUCUUUCAACGACCUAUAUGACGAUAUGCGUGACAUCAAAUGGAAUGGAGCAUUAAAAAAUGACUUCACACUUUUUGUAUCUAAAUGAGACACUCUAUAAUACAAACGAAUCUAAUCCUCCAAGCCACGUUUUCUAGUACAAGCCUAAAAUAUAUACUAAAAAGGGUAACAAAACCAAAUUAAAAAGUUAUAAUUAAAUUCUCCCCCAACUUUUUUUAAAGAGUAUAAGCAACACCAAACCCGUUUUUACGUAGAAGCAAUGUCUUUAUCUCAUCCUAUAAACACUCGACAAACAAUACUUUCAUAGAACACACUAUAAACGACAACUAAUAACCUAAUUUUCAAAAGAAGAACAACAACGAAAAUGUCGAAAACAUUCAAAGCCAUAAGAGACCGGACAUAUUCAGGCGUAGGAGACCUCAUCAAACUCCUCCCGACCGGAACCGUCUUCUUGUUCCAAUUCUUAAACCCUGUCCUAACCAACAACGGACAUUGCCUCCUCAUCAACAAAUACUUAACCGGAGCUCUCAUCGUUGUUUGUGCCUUCUCUUGUUGCUUUACUUGCUUCACCGAUAGUUACCGAACAAGAGACGGAUACGUUCAUUAUGGAGUUGCUACCAUGAAGGGUCUCUGGCCAGAUUCGUCUUCAGUGGAUUUGUCUUCGAAACGGCUUAGAGUUGGAGAUUUCGUUCACUCUUUCUUCUCUCUUAUCGUGUUCAGUGUUAUAUCCUUGUUGGAUGCAAACACUGUGAAUUGUUUCUAUCCUGGAUUUGGUUCUACCGGGAAGAUCUUUCUUAUGGUUUUGCCUCCGGUGAUUGGAGUUAUCUCCGGUGCUGUCUUCACGGUGUUCCCUAGUAGACGUCAUGGGAUUGGGAAUCCCUCGGACCACAAUGAGGAUGAUGCUUCCGAGAUAGAGAAAUGAUGUAUAAAAUUUCUACUAUAACAUUAUAUGCAUAACAUGUAAUGGCAUGUGUUUAUUCGUGGAAUGACAAAUACGAAAGUUUUAUAAAUAAUUAUUGUAAUCUUUCAUUUUUUUUUUUUUUUUGUGAUUUAUUAUUCAUGUAUUUGAGUGCUGAUCAUAUGUUGUGUGUGUUUUUGUUUGUUGAUAAACUCAAAGUAAUAACAUAUCUUAGAGUGUUAAUCUU